AUGAUGAUGAUGAGGAGGAAGAAGAAAAUUAUAAUAACACUCAAUCUAUUGAUCCUAUUUCAGGUGUAUGUACAGCUGGCACUGCAGAGCAGCAGCAGCAGCAGCAGCAGCAGGAGCGUCACCGAUCGCUUGUUUUGUGCUGUGUAUGAACCCCACGCUGCUGCUUUUUUUAUUGGUGGUGUUAUACAAAAAGAGAUAAACCCAUUGCUGCUGCAGCAGCAGCUGCUGCAUGCAGCAGCAGAGAAGCAGCAGCAGCAGCAGCAGCAGCAGCAGCAGCAGCAAGAAGAAGAAGAAGAUGAUGAUGAGGAAGAAGAAGAAAAUUAUAAUAACACUCAAUCUAUUGAUCCUAUUUCAGGUCAGCCUGUGUGUCGUUUCUUUACUAGCAGCAGCAGCAGCAGCAGCAGCAGCAGCAGCAGCAGCAAUGCAGCAGCAGCAGCAGCAGCAGCAAAAGCACAACAAAAAGAUAUAACACAAACACUCAAAGCCCUAGAAGAAUAUCUAUACUCGAAGCAGCAGCAGCAGGAAACAGCAGCAGCAGCAGCAGCAGCAGCAGCAGCAGCAGCAGGAGGACAGCAGCAGGAGCGGAGGGAGAAGCAGCAGCAAGAGAAGCGGGAGCAGCAGCAGCAGCAGCAGCAGCAACAGCAGCAGCAGCAGCAAAAGCAGUAG